AUGCAGGUAGAGGCGCUGUCACAGAGCCUGACCCAGAGCUGGAGAUCAAUUAGUGACAGUGUCUGUCUGUAUCUCUACAUCCCCCGCGGCACGGCUAAGUGCAGCCGCCCGCCUCUGUCACUGGGAGACAGUUCACUUAAAUGCAGCUCCAGGGCUGCGGGACACCCACCAGCAUCACUCCCUGUGCGAGGUGGCAAAUGCAACAUGCUCUCCAGCUUGGGGUGUCUACUUCUCUGUGGAAGUAUUGCACUAGCCCUGGGAAAUGCACAGAAAUUGCCAAAAGGUAAAAAGCCAAACCUGAAAGUCCACAUCAACACCACAAGUGACUCCAUCUUCUUGAAGUUCCUGCGUCCAAGUCCUAACGUAAAACUGGAAGGUUUCCUCCUGGGAUAUGGCAGCAACUUGUCACCAAACCAGUACUUCCCUCUUCCUGCGGAAGGGAGACACACCGAGGCCGUAGUGGAUGCGGAGCCUAAAUAUCUGAUAGUUGUGAGACCCGCUCCUCCUCCAAGUCGAAAGAAAUCAUGCUCAGGUAAAGCCCGCUCUCGGAAACCUCUCCAGCUGGUUGUCGGCACUCUGACACCCAGCUCGGUCUUCCUGUCCUGGGGUUUCCUCAUUAACCCACACCACGACUGGACGCUGCCGAGUCAUUGUCCCAAUGACAGAUUUUAUACAAUUCGCUACAGAGAAAAGGAUAAGGAAAAGAAAUGGAUUUUUCAGCUCUGUCCAGCCACAGAAACAAUUGUGGAAAAUCUAAAGCCCGACACGGUUUAUGAAUUCGGAGUGAAAGACAAUGUAGAAGGUGGCAUUUGGAGUAAGAUUUUCAAUCACAAGACUAUUGUUGGAAGUAAAAAAGUAAACGGGAAAAUCCAAAGUACCUAUGACCAGUCCCACUCAGUGCCUGCGUAUGUCCCAAGGAAGCUGAUCCCAGUAACAAUCAUCAAGCAAGUGAUUCAGAAUGUUACUGACAGGGCUUCAUCGAAAUCCCCAGAUAAGACGCCCUUUGGAGGAACAAUACUAGUCCACCUUGUUAUUCCAGGUCUUAAUGAAACCACCAUAAAACUUCCUACAUCCCUAAUGUUUGAAAUUUCAGAGGCAAUGAAGACACAAUUAGCUAAGAAUGAAACCUUGGCGUUACCAGCAGAAUCUAAAACACCAGAAGUAGAAAAAAUCCCAGCACGGCCCAUAACAGUGACUCCUGAAUCGGUUCCAAGAACCACUAAACCCACCGUGCCUAGUGCAUUAGACAUUUCAGAAACAACACUGGCUUCAAGUGAAAAGCCGUGGAUUGUACCUACAACUAAAACAUCUGGAGAUUCCAAAGUUCUACCACCUCAAACUGCAACUUAUGAUGUUUUCUCAAGGCCUGCAACAUCAGAUGAGCCUGAACUCUCAGAGCCCCACACAGCAACAAGUGAUCCAUUUCUGGAUUCUGUCCCACCUAAAACUUCUAGAACUCUUGAACAGCCAAGGGCAACUCUCGCUCCAAGUGAAACAUCAUUUGUGCCGCAAAAACUGGAAAUCUUUACCAGUCCUGAAAUGCAACCUACAACACCCGCUCUGCUGCAAACUACAUCUAUCCCUUCUGCACCCAAACGACGCCUCAGACCCAAAAUACCCAGAACCAAACCUGAAAGAACCACAAGUCCUGGAACAAUUACAUCUAUAAUUCCUAAAAGUUCUGAACUCACACGGACAACACUGGCUCCCAGUAAAACACAAUUUAUUUCUUUGAAACCUAAAAUCCCUCUCAGCCCAGAAGUGACACACACCAAACCUGCUCCCAAGCAGACACCGCAUGCUCCUCCCAAACCAGAAACGUCUCCACGUCCACGAGUCCCACAAACACAGCCAGCUCCAAAGAUGUCCCAGCCUGUUACUUCAAAGCCAAAAACGUCACCAAGUCCAGAAGGGUCAUACACUCCACCUGUUCCGAGAGAUGUGGUCCUUCCCCAUAAACCAGACCCCGCAGUCUCUCAGAGCGAACCUGCUCCUUUAGAGACCCGCGGGAGCCCUUUCAUUCCUAUGAUGUCACCAAGCCCUAGUCAAGAGGAACGACAAACCACUCUGGAAGAAACAGACGAGUCCACCCAAGAACUCUUCACCACUAAGAUCCCACGAACAACUGAGCUGGCCAAGACAACUCAGGCACCACACAGAUUGUAUACUACUCCUGUGAGGCCCAGAACCCCUGACAAACCACGCAUCAGACCUGGGCUCAAGCAAGCACCGAAGCCGUCAGCUGCUGGUGGAGAUGUGCCGGUGGACUCCACAAAAAGGCCAGCCACAGUCCCAAGCACUCGCCGCCCAACUUUGCCACCUAGACCCACGCCCCCACGAAGAAAACCUUUACCACCAAAUAAUGUCACCGGAAAGCCAGGAAGUGCAGGAAUCAUUUCAUCAAGCCGAGUAACUUCCCCACCGCUGAGGGCAACACUCAGACCUACUGAAGCCCCCUCGGAGAGCACAGAGACAGAUAAAAAGCAACCAACAGUUCCUGCCUCAGGAGAAGAUCUUGGUAAUACAACUGACUUUAGCUCGAGUCCAACAAGAGAAACUGACCCUCUUGGGAAACCCAGAUUCAAAGGUCCUCAUGUGCGCUACAUCCAGAAACCUGACAACAGGCCCUGCUCCAUCACCGACUCCGUCAAACGGUUCCCCAAAGAGGAGGCCACUGAGGGGAAUGCCACCAGCCCACCGCAGAACCCACCUACCAACCUCACUGUGGUCACUGUGGAAGGGUGCCCCUCAUUUGUCAUCUUGGACUGGGAUAAGCCACUUAAUGACACUGUCACUGAAUAUGAAGUUAUAUCCAGAGAAAAUGGGUCAUUCAGUGGGAAGAACAAGUCCAUUCAAGUUACAAAUCAAACCUUCUCCACAGUAGAAAAUCUAAAACCAGACACAAGCUAUGAAUUCCAGGUGAAACCCAAAAACCCGCUUGGAGAAGGCCCAGCCAGCAACACAGUGGCAUUCAGUACUGAAUCAGCGGACCCCAGAGUGAGCGAGCCAGUUUCUGCAGGAAGAGACGCCAUCUGGACUGAAAGACCCUUUAACUCAGACUCUUACUCAGAAUGUAAGGGCAAACAGUAUGUCAAAAGGACGUGGUAUAAAAAGUUCGUCGGGGUGCAGCUGUGCAACUCCCUCAGAUACAAGAUUUAUCUGAGCGACUCCCUCACAGGAAAAUUUUAUAACAUAGGCGAUCAGAGAGGCCAUGGAGAAGAUCACUGCCAGUUUGUAGACUCAUUUUUAGAUGGACGCACCGGACAGCAACUCGAUUCUGACCAGCUACCCACCAAGGAAGGCUAUUUCAGAGCAGUUCGCCAGGAACCUGUCCAAUUUGGAGAAAUAGGUGGUCACACCCAAAUCAAUUAUGUCCAGUGGUAUGAAUGUGGAACCACAAUUCCUGGAAAAUGGUAGAUGCUGCAAUCGUGUUCAAAAGUGCCUUCUGUUUCAUCAUGGCAAAAAAUAAUUGGAAACACUAUGGUAUUUGUCACAUUCAUUUAACGCUGUUAUGUUUACUAUGUAUAAAAGUUUAAAAUCUAAUUAAUAGCAAUAUUAGAUGUUUAUUAGAAAGAUUGCUGAGAAUAUUUAUCAGGUUUUACAAAGUCACUUUAAGAAAGCAAGAUAUUGAUGUUAACAGAAUAACGUUUUUUUGGGGAAGCUGGCUCCCUGUUCAUGGUAUUUUAAGAGAUCAUUUGUAUAUUAUUUAUCAACACUGUUGUAAUGAUGUUUUGAGAUACUUUUAUAACAAAAUUAACAUCAAGAAACUAAUAUACUUUUAAAAAAAUAUUUACUUUUAUUAAUGCAUAUUCUUCCUACUGGUGAGUUAAUUCCACAAAUCUCUACUUGGUUUAACUUAUUAGAUCAAAUUAUCUUCAGCAUAUAUAUCUGGGGGAAAAAAGGUCCUAAUAUUCACGUUUAUUUAAACUUCAGUUUUUUAGCAACAGCUGAAUAGCUUUUCUGAAGCUAACCACUCUUCCAAAUAUACAUUUCCUUAAAUACUUGCAAAUUAUUGAAAAAACUGUUUGAAUCAGUAAAUUUCAUUUCAGCUGAAAAAGGAACUGAGACUCUGAUACAUUCAGUUUCAAAAUACACAUUUCGUUCUUUCUCUACCCAUACAUAUGUUACAAUGUCUGAAUGUACUUUGUCAAACUAUCCCUUUAAGCAAUUAUCUCCACAUUGUUUUUAAUAUAAUUCUAAUCGAGCUGUGCGCAGAGACUGAAUGUCAAGUCUGAGCACAAAGAGGCGACGCGUGAUGAGAUACUCACCGUUUCACAGGACACUCAGUACAUUUUUACACACAGGACCUCCAGGAAUGGAUGUAUCAGAGGACGUUUUCAUAAUUCUAACUCAACCUGUAAUGAAAAUCUGACUUAUUUUUAUUUAAAAACGUAUUGCUUUCCUUCACUGGGGGAGGGAGAUGGGAAUGCUGCAUUGUUGCCCUUAUUUGGAAAAGAACCUUUCCUGCGCUUACUUUUCAACAUGCUUCAAUUUUAUCAAGUCUACAUUUUGUAUUUUUCAAACAAGUAUAAACUCUGCAAUAAAGAGAUGUAGUUUUUUUUAA